AUGGAUGCUCUUGUGCCGUAUAAUGACAAAGCGAGUGUGGAAGUGCAAUUCGCCAAGGCGUUGGAAAAUUUCAAGUUAUCGCUAAAUCGAACCUCACCAUCUUUGGACGGUGAUGACCUCGGCAAGCCCACGGCAUUUGAUUUCGUGCGACAAUUUUCCCAAAUCACGGCAGACGAAGCCUACUCUUUUGUUGCAAGCAACUUUGAGGACCUGAUGGUGGCUGCGGAUAUAUCCACCAACGAGGAUUUUGUCUACUGGGAUUUAGAAACCAAAUUGUGGAGGUUGGUGGAGAAUUUGUACAGCUAUAGAGUCUUUGCUCAGGAAGAAGAAAUAUUCGGACAGGAGAGGGAAAUUGGCGAGCUUCUCGUAUUGUUGGAUUGGUUGCAGUUCAAUUCAAGGUCUGGGAGCGAAGAAGAGCCAAGGGGAGAAGGAGAAGAAGGAGAGGACGAUUUGAAGCUUCGGAGUAAGUGGAGCUAUACUAGGAUGAGCGCAGAGACAAUUAAUUAUGCUGCCUUGGCUGGCAAUCCGACAAACCCCAAUCUCGUUAGCGAGGUUGAUGUUGAUGCUCCCUUGCGGCAGCACAAGGAGAUUGAGCUGGAGGAUGCCGAGGUUGAUUCCAAGAAUUGUCAAAAGAUUUAUCAACUUGUUUUGUUGGGAGAGUAUCAUGACGCGAUUGAAUACGCGAACGAAACGGGUAACCAUACCUUGGCUAUAAUACUUCUGGGUGCUAUUGAGUCUGAGGAAGAAGAACCAGAGGAAGAAGAAGAAGAAGGAAAAAAGAGAGGAAAAUUCGAUCGGUCACUUUGGACGAAAUUGGUUUACAAACUAUCCAAGAAUCCCGAUUUGGAUCUUUAUGAAAAAAUGAUUUAUACUUAUUUGAGUGGAGGCGACGUUAGCGAGAACCUCAAGAUGGCUGCAUCUGCCUCUUAUGAAGAGUACAUGAACAUUCUAGUUCGUCAGCUUUUGACUUACAGCUUGUUGAGGAAAUCUAAAUCGCAUGAGUUUGUUGACCUUACUCCACCGCGACCACAAACACAAUCCAUCAAGGGAAUCUUGAAUGCGAUAUCGAGCUCGGGGGCCACCAAAGCCGCCGAAGAGAGUCGACAUCCCAUUCGAAUCAUUACGGCUUCGGUUAUAAUCGAAGAGCUAGACUCGAUUAUACGCAACGUCAACGACGACACCGAUGACAAUAUCGUCAGGAUCGUGACGCAUCUUUCGAUAUUUUUAGCCAUGAUCAGACCCGUGAGACACACGGAACAAUUGAACGCGUUGAUCACGCUAUACGUAUCGAAAUUGGCCGAGAAUAACCAAACCGACUUGAUUCCGCUCUACUUGUCGUUUAUACCCGACGAGAAGGACGCAAGAGAAGUCUAUUCGUUGAUCCUUUCGUCGAUAACGGACAAGAGCCAAAGACAACGACAACUUGAAAUUGCCAAGAGGAUAGCUCAGCCGGUGGUGGAUGACGAUGACAUGAUUGUAGUCGACAAUGUUGAGCGCGAUAAACUAGUCAAUGUUCUCCGAAGAACCGUUGAAAGGGUAAUGGAGGAGACUGCGUCGCACUAUACUGUUUCGCCAGGACAAAGCAUCACAGUUACGGACGACGACGAGUUUAUCGGGGUGGACGACGUUGAUUUGAAGCUCAGCAAUUCCGUUGAGUGGUUUUAUGAGAAUGAAAUGUGGGACGAUGCCAUUGCUGCGACACUUGCGGUGAUUCGCCGUUUCUUGCUGGUGGGUAAGCUCCAGGCGUUGAGGAGUUUUGCAAGGGGCAAGGAUUUCAAUCACUUGAUUUCAGAGUUUGAUUUGGCCAAACUAGGUAGAAGCAAAGAGAGCGAAGAAGGAGGUGAUGGAGGUGAAGGUGUUGAUGUAGACGAGGUAGUGGUCAGUGACGAGCAGAGGAAAGAGUUGUUGAACUACCUGAAUUUCGUCAAGGGGUUGAACGGAAUUUACGAGUGCAGACAAAUUGGACAAGUUAGAAACGAACAGCAACCAGCGGAGUCAACGAUACGCCAGACGGGGAAAACAUUGCACACGCUCUUGGCGACGUGGUUGCUCGACGUGGAAAAGACAGACCCCAUCUUGCAAGAGUUGCGAACCAUCUACGUGCCGUACCUCAUCAUGGAGUUGAUUUCAAUCUACCAGAAUGCGAGACACACAAGCUGGAACUAUGUGAAAGAUGCGUACAAAUUGGUCCAUCUCGUGGCUAAUGACACAUCCAAUGACUUCUUGCGCUGCUUUACGGAAACCAACAGACUCGAUGAGUUUCUAUCGAAAGUGGCUGGUCUAUCCAUCAACGCCUGCGAACGAGGAAUGCAAGGAGUAUAUUGCUUAUAG